AUGGUCCAAGUCAUCAGCUUAUUGUCGUCUUCCCCAGCAGUUGUGCCUAAGAGACCGGCAAAUGAGAGUCUAGAAGCUAGUUUUGGUAUACUAGACAGCCCUUUGAAUGCGCCCUCUGAGAGGGUAGAUGACUCGCUGUUCGAAUAUGGCGACUUUAUCGACAGCUCGGCAACGAAGAGAAGAAGGCUAAGCCCGCCCGUGGACCGGAAUGUUCAUACCACCAACCACAUCACACCUCUUAAGUCUCCUGGUUUUAUCUUCUCGGACAUCUCGGAUUUCAACAGUAUAGGAAACACUCCUAUUAUACCCCCGGCUACGUCAAAGCCAAAAGAAACUGCCAACAAAGCAUCGACAUCAUGGGAUCUCGCUCAGGAUGACCCUAUUCUCUGCUCGUCUUCUGCGCCUAACAACCAGGUUCAAGAGGAGACUUCAAAAAAGCCAGCAACUAUAGUUAUCGAUGAUGAUGACGACGAUAAUGACGAUUUCUUGGGCCUUAACCUAGCACCUUUGGAUGAUAUUGAUGAUAACAACGACGACGACGAUGAUGAUCUCUUCGAUCUUGGUGCGCCACGGUCUUCAAAAUUUGGUAUUUCAAAGCAGACUUCACGGCUCCUCGAACAGCUUAGACGAGAGGCAGAGUCCAAGGGUAAAGCUAAAAAGAAGCAGAAAAAGGAGGACGACUUUGAUUCUUUAUCAGAGGGGGAUGCGCUACCUCCAACGAAACAAAAGCCGGUAGGACGGCCUUCAAGCAGUCAAACGGCCGGCAGAAACUUAGAUAAAUCAGCCAAAACACUUGAGCGAGAGGCAGCAAAGCUUCGCCGACAAAAUGAGAAGGAACUGCAAAAGGAAGAAAAGCGGAAGCAGAAGGAGGAGAAAGAGAAGCAAAAGCGAAUUGCAGCUGAUAUUGCGGAAGCGAACAAGUCAAAAGUGGACAAGGCUGUGUCAGUCGGAGAGAUGAUUGUUGACAUUUCCUCUUCCUUCCAGGACUCUAGCAUCGGCACUCAGACUGGGGAACAUAUGCGCAACCUGGGGGUGGAAAUGCACUUUACGUCUACCGGGAUACCCAACGUUGUCUCGUGGCGACGGAAGGUUACUGCACAGUUUACUGAGGCAGGGCAUUGGGAACCAUGUGCACCAACCAUAAAACCCGAAGGCCAUGUCCUAUGUUUCUUCACUGGAGACGAAUUUGCCGAGAUGUCUGUUGCGCCCACAGGUGGUAACACGGCCAAGGCGUAUUUCCAGAAGGUAAAAGGAGCAUACCCGAACCGCAAACAGAUCUAUCUUAUCGAGGGCUUGUCGACGAGUAUCAGGAAGGGCAAGAACUCCCGCAACCGGUCGUACCAGGCUGCUGUCCUUCAACAGAUUGACAAUAAUCAGGCUAAUUCGGGUGCCACUGGGCAGCCACAACCACCACCAGCAUCAGCAACAACAUCCCAAUCCAAGCGGAAGAAAGCAGCCUCGAGCAAAAAGACAGGCAAUACGGCUCAUGUGAUAGAUGAAGACGCCAUUGAAGAUGCCUUGCUUCAACUGCAGGUCAUCCACUCAUGCUUGGUCCACGAGACAUCGAAUGCGACGGAAACCGCACUAUGGAUCAAGAACUUCACUGAACAUAUCUCGACAGUUCCGUAUAGGCAGGAGCUUAUGAGAAACCAGGAUGCUUCGUUUUGCAUGGACGUAGGACAAGUUAGGUCCGGGGACGAUGCGGGGGAUGCAUAUGUUCGGAUGAUGCAGGAGGUCAGCCGUAUCACGGCGCCAAUAGCGUAUGGUGUUGCUACGCAGUAUCCCACUGUUGGCAGGCUGGUUGAUGCAUUUGACAAAGGGGGUGCACUCCUCCUUGAAGAUGUUAAGAAAUGUGCGAAUAAGACUGGUGCGAUGACCGAUGCAAGGAUUGGGCCUGCUAUUAGUCGACGAUUAUAUACCAUCUUUACAAGUUUGGAUCCAGCGUCUUCAGACGUAUGA